UUGACAAAUGGAGGUAGUGCAGGGCAAUUAGAAACAGAGUGAGUUAACUCAUUAGUAACCAAACUGGGACUCAAUCCCUGGUGCAGUCUGUGCUUACAGUGAGUUUCUCUGGGCCUCAGCUUCUUCAACUUUAGAACAAAGGGUCUCAAUUCACAGAUGAUCAUGAAGUUCUAUUUCAGCUCUAUUUGAUUCUAGUAAGUUAUAAGAAAACUUUGAGUUUUGUUUCUAUUUUUGAUAAGGAUGGAUUCCAAAUACGCCACCCACAAACAAUUUUACAGAAAAAUUUGCAACAAUAUUUUUAGUGGGUUACUGCAGAGUGGUUCCUUCUAUCACUGUAUCAUAUAAAGCUAGCCAUGGGGGCUUAAACCUGUGAACUUCAGUCAAUUGUGCAAACAAAGCUUACUGGGGUAUAACUAGUGCAUGAAAUAAUCAUAUGUAUAUUGUCCACCAACUUCCUCCCACUACAGAAAUAGAGAAAUGAGGGUUUUUUGAGGAGGCAUUUACCAUAUUGACUGUAACUACUGACUUUUUUCAAUACUCUGUUUAAUUUCCCCUUUUUGCCCCACCGUAGUUGGUGUCAUGCAAGAAUCUGUUUACAUUGACUAAGGAUAUUGGAAGAGUGAAGAUCAGAGGAUUUUAAGUCUGAAAUUUGGCAUCACUGCCCUUAACAAUAUAACCUUAUUUGGCGUAAACUACUCAUACAGACAAAGGCAUUAUCCAUCAUAUUAAGUAACUUUUUGUAUUUAUUUCAAGAGGACAAUCGUGAUUAGAAAAGCUCCUGUGUCAAAAUUCAAGAAAAUCUGACAUAAAUGAACAACAACACAACAUGUAUUCAACCAUCUAUGAUCUCUUCCAUGGCUUUACCAAUCAUUUACACCCUCCUUUGUGUUGUUGGUCUUUUUGGAAACUCUCUCUCUCAAUGGAUAUUUUUAACAAAAAUCGGUAAAAAAGCCUCAACGCACAUCUACCUGGCACACCUUGUGACUGCAAACUUACUUGUGUGCAGUGCCAUGCCUUUCAUGGGUAUCUAUUUCCUGAAAGGUUUCCAAUGGGAAUAUCAAUCUGCUCAAUGCAGAGUGGUCAAUUUUCUGGGAACUCUAUCGAUGCAUGUAAGUAUGUUUGUCAGUCUCUUAAUUUUAAGUUGGAUUGCCAUAAGCCGCUACGCUACCUUAAUGCAAAAGGAUUCCUUGCAAGAUACUACUUCGUGCUAUGAGAAAAUAUUUUAUGGCCAUUUACUGAAAAAAUUUCGCCAGCCCAACUUUGCUAGAAAACUAUGCAUUUAUAUAUGGGGAGUUGUACUGGGUAUAAUUAUUCCAGUUACCAUAUACUACUCAGUCAUAGAGGCUACAGAAGGAGAAGAGAGCCUAUGCUACAAUCGGCAGAUGGAACUAGGAGCCAUGAUCUCUCAGAUUGCAGGUCUCAUUGGAACCACAUUUAUUGGACUUUCCUUUUUAGUAGUGCUAACAUCAUACUACUCUUUUGUAAGCCAUCUUAGAAAAAUAAGGACCUGUACAUCCAUUACGGAGAAAGAUUUGACUUACAGUUCUGUGAAAAGACAUCUUUUGGUCAUCCAGAUUGUACUAAUAGUUUGCUUCCUUCCUUAUAGUAUUUUUAAACCCGUUUUUUACAUUCUACAGCAAAAUGAUAACUGUCAGCAACUGAAUUAUUUAAUAGAAACAAAAAACAUCCUCACCUGUCUUGCUUCAGCCAGAAGUAGCACAGACCCCAUUAUAUUUCUUUUAUUAGAUAAAACAUUCAAGAAGACACUGUAUAAUCUCUUUACAAAGUCUAAUUCAGCACAUAUGCAAUCAUAGGCUUGACUUUUGAAUGGAAAACCCACAAUAUAGAAAAGCAUUCCUGUGACUUUAUUAGGGAUGUUAAACUACAUCAUUAACAUGUCACAGUUUAGAUGACAAUAGUCACCAAGAAAAUCUCUUUGGUUUUUAAAAAUAAAUAAAUAUAUAUUCAUAAAACUCAAAAAACAGUUCUACUUAUACUGAAAGUUGAGAUGGCAGAAACUUUCAGAGGCAAAAAUUACGCAUAUUGAAAGGAUCCCACUCACAUGAAACUAACAGACUACUGUUUAAACUCAACUGUGAGUCCUUCUGUUCAGAACACGUUAUUUCAUGACUAGGAUAAAGAAGCAAAUGGUUUAUGACUUGUCUGCUUUCUGGUAGUUAGAAUACAAGAGUCAAUCUAUGGCCAGUGUUUAUUGGCAAUUUAAAAAUCUUUAAAAAUAAGUACCUGGGUGCAGUGGCUCAUGCCUGUAAUCCCAGCACUUUGGGAGGCCA